AUGAAUGGUUAUAGAAGAGGCAUAGUUGAUAAAACUCUUUUCGUUAAAAAUGUUCAUUCUGACAUUGCUAUUGCUCAAAUUUAUGUCGAUGAUAUUGAAAUGAGCAUGUUUGGUCUGGAGUUUGCCAAACAAGCCAAAACACCAAUUGGGACUACGGCCAAACUGACAAAUGAUGAAAAUGGUGUAAGGGUAAAUCCAACACUAUAUAGAAGUAUGAUUGGAAGUUUUCUGUAUCUCACAGCUAGUCGACCUGACAUAAGCUACGGUGUUGGGGUAUGUGCUCAUGAUGCUGAUUGGGCAGGCAGUGCAAAUGAUAGGAAAAUCACAAGUGCUGGAUGCUUCUAUCUAGGGAACAAUUCGGUUUCUUGGCAUAACAAGAAACAAAAUUCAACAUCCUUGUCAACUGUCGAGGCUGAGUACAUAGCUGCAGAAAGUUGUUAUACUCAAUUGUUGUGGAUGAAAUAA